AUGACUAUCGUUAGUUGGAAUGUUAGAGGUUUGAAUAGUAAGGAUGCAAUACGACAUGUUAAGCUACUUCUUCGAGAGUUCAAGCCAGAUGUUCUUUUUUUGAUGGAAACAAGAUUAGUCCAAGGUAAGAGCCUAGAAAUAAAAAGACAACUAUCUUUUGACAAUGUCUAUGAAGUACCUAGAGUGGGUAUGGGAGGAGGAUUAAUGCUAUUGUGGAAGGAAAGAGUUGUGGUCUCGGGAAUUACUUCUACCCCUAAUUAUAUUAGUUGUUUUAUGAAGUUAGAGAAUAUACCAAUACAAUGGCAUUUCUGUGGAUUUUAUGGGGAGCCUAAUGUUUCGAAGAGACGACUGACAUGGGAUAUGUUGGAACAUUUACGGAUAGUGUAUGAAGGACCAUGGUUAGUGAUUGGAGAUUUCAAUGAAAUUUUAAGUCAGGAUGAUAAAAAUAAAAGCGGAUAUAGAAAUGAAUCACAAAUUGAAGAUUUUCGUAGUACUUUAGAAUUGUGCGCACUACACCCAUUGCAUUAUAAAGGAGAGAGAUAUACUUGGGCAAAAAGUGCAGACAAUGAAAGUAUCAAGGAGAGACUAGAUUGGGCAAUGGUGAAUGAAGCAUGGGAGGACUCUUUUUCUUAUACAAGCUUGACGCAUCUAGAUUAUUAUCAUUCUGAUCACAGAGCACUGUUGGUAAAAGUAAAGGAUGAUACGGAUUUGCAGAUAGGUUCCAACAAGAGGAAAAGAUUCAGAUUCGUGAAUAUCUGGAUUGGUGACGAAGAAUGUAAGAGUUUAAUCAAGAAUUGUUGGAGGUCUGAGGAAAAUACACCACUGAUUUCAACAAUUAAGAAUAUACAACAAUGUGCUACAAAUCUGGAUACUUGGCAUCAGAAUAAGUGUGGAUCAUUAUUCCGAGAAAUUAAAGAUACGCAGAAAAAAGUAGUUCAAAUGCACAAUUUGCAAAGUAAAGGAUGUUCUACCGAAGGAUCUAGGCAAUUGGAGAAUAAACUCAAUGAGUUGCUGUUAAAGGAGGAAGUCUUCUGGCAACAGAGGGCAAGGGUCCAAUGGUUACAGGCUGGUGACCAGAAUACUAAAUUUUUUCACAAGAAGGCAAAUGCACGAAGAAAGAAUAAUACAAUUCGAGGCUUAUUUAAUGAAGAUCAUAUAUGGUGUACGAGUAACGAAGCCAUAGGUGAUAUCACAAAGAGUUAUUAUUCUGCACUCUUUACGUCGAUUAUGCCUACAAAUGAAAGCAUUGAGGAGUUGUUACAAGCUGUCGAGCAAGUGGUUACAGAUGACAUGAAUGAAACACUAACGAAGACCUUUACAUUGGAAGAAGUUCAACGAGCAGUUUUUAGUAUGCCCGCGGAUAAAAGCCCUGGUCCAGAUGGAAUGAGUGCCUUGUUUUAUCAAGAACACUGGGAUAUUGUUGGCCCUCUAGUUUCUAAAGCAGUGUUAAACUGUAUAUCAGGGGUGGCAGAUAUGCGAAGAAGACUCAUAACAGAUAGUGUCCUUAUUGCCUAUGAGUGCCUUCAUAAUUUAAAAGCAAGAAAAGUCGGAAGGCGAAGUUACGUAGCAAUGAAGUUGGAUAUGAGUAAAGCCUAUGACAGAGUAGAAUGGAAGUUUAUCGAGAAAAUGAUGUUAAAAAUGGGUUUCAAGACCGAAUGGGUGAAUAUUGUCUUGAAAUGUGUUUCAUCUGUUCGUUAUCCAUUCCAAAUCAAUGACUCUAUUCAUGGACAGGUUAUAAAUUUUAACAAAUCUAUUCUGUAUUUUUCAUCAAAUACUCCUGAGGAAACAAGGAAACUCUUUGCAGAAGCAUUGAAUAUGAGAAUAACAGAGGCUAUAGAAAAGUAUUUGGGUCUCCCCAUGAUAGGAGGGAAAAACAAAAAUGCAAUAUUCAGACCAAUUAAGGAUAAAAUAUGGAAAAAGCUAAAUGAAUAUCAAGUCAAACUAUUCUCACAAGGGGGUAAAGAGAUUCUAGUGAAAGCAGUAGUCCAAGCAAUGCCUACUUAUCAAAUGGCAUGUUUUAAAAUUCCGGAAGGCAUUGGAGAAGAGAUAGAAAGAUUAAUAGCACGAUUUUGGUGGGGCUCAGUUGAUAAUAAGCAAAAAGUCCAUUGGAGGGCCUGGCAUAAGAUUUGUAAACCAAAGACUGAUGGCGGUUUGGGUUUUAGACGUUUUAGUCAGUAUAAUCAAGCUCUUUUGGCCAAGCAAGCAUGGCGCAUCUUAAUGAACCCAUCAUCAAUUCUGGCACAAGUAAUGAAAGCAAGAUAUUUUAGAAUAUCUAACAUCCUAGAGGCAGACAAGGGUUCCUAUCCAUCAUCAACGUGGCAAGGAAUCUUAUGGGGAAGAGAUCUAUUAUUAAAAGGGCUACGACGAAGUAUUGGCAAUGGUAUGAAUACCAGGACCUUUAGAGAUCCUUGGUUGCCCAGACCUCCUUCGUUUAUUCCAAGUUCGCGCCCUGCGUAUGAGGUGGCAAGAGUGUCAGAUAUUAUCGAGUCACCAGGAAAAUGGAAUAAUGAGGUAGUCAAUCAAUAUUUCAAUGUAGCUGACGCAGAAUGUAUUCUUUCCAUACCUUUAAGCUUGUUUAAUCAUGAGGACUCAUGGUUCUGGCACUAUACAAAUCAUGGUAGUUACUCUGUGGGGAGUGGGUACAAUCUUGCAAUGACUGUAGAUAAGUUUCAACCUUCUUCUGCUAGUGAUGUGUUCUCAUUGUGGUGGAAACAAUUCUGGGGGUUGAAAAUCCCAAGGAAAAUUUUACAUUUUGCGUGGAGGGGUUAUCACGAGAUUCUACCAACGAGAAAUGGAUUGUUUAGACAAAAUAUCGCAUCCAGUACCUCUUGCCAGUUGUGUGGGUUCGGAGGAGAGUCGAAUGCUCAUGCAAUCUUCUGGUGUCCUGUUGCACAAGGCAUUUGGAAUCUUAUGGAAUUCUCUUUUCUACAUGAAGUAAAAGAAGAGAUUGAUUUUAAGAAUGUUUUACUUUAUGCUUCUGAGGUAGUGGACAGAGAAGCCUUUGCAAAAUUCAUUAUCUGUUCGUGGGCAAUAUGGACUGAAAGGAAUAAGAUUACUCAUGGUCAACAAAUAAGACAACCACAGUUUGUGGUUGAGUGGAUAAUUAGUUAUUACGAGUCGAUUCUUUCAAUGAAGGAGGGCCCCAAAAAAAGUUCUCAAACUAAUGGAAGGAAUAGGGAAGCGUCAGCUGGAAGUUCUACAAGUGCUCAAGAACAGAGGUUAUACUCUAAACUUAUGGUGGAUGCAACUGUAUUGAGCACCACGAGUAUAGUUGGAUUAGGUGCGGUGGUAUUCUCAGAAGAUAAUAGAGUUCACGCUGCGUUAAGUAAACCACUCAAAGUUUAUUCAGAUUCGUUAGCUUUGGUGACGGCCAUUAACAAAGGGAAGAAGUAUUUCAACGAGCUAGGAGCAUUGGGUUUGAUCGAUUUCAGGUGUGCAAUUAGGAAGGUUUCUCGUUUUUGGACGGUGCCAUGGAGGGAGAAGAAUGAAAAAAAAUAUUGGGAAGUUGAGCUGAGCUCUGCUCUGGAACGUUCUAGGGUUCUCUCUUCUUCUCUGGUUAAUCCAGUUUACUCUUUGUGA